AUGGAGCCACUUAGAAAAAGAGUCAAGGUAUAUCAAUUAGAUAGCAACGGAAAAUGGGAUGAUAAAGGUACAGGACAUGUAUCAUGUAUAUAUUUAGAUAAUAUUUGUGCAUUGGGAUUAUUGGUGAAAUCAGAAAAUGACAAUUCUAUCAUCCUACAAACCAAACUAUCAGCUGAAGAUAUUUAUCAAAAACAACAGGAUUCACUUAUAGUGUGGACAGAACCAGAAAGUCAGUUAGAUCUAGCAUUAUCUUUUCAAGAUUCGGUCGGUUGUCAAGAAAUUUGGGAACAUAUUUUACAAUAUCAAAAACAAAGAGCAAGUUGUGAUGGUGUAGAUGUAGAUUUACCUCAAAUAUCAGCUAAUAAUUUACAAAUAAUUGUUGAUUUUUUAGAUGCUCAUUUACCAAUAAUGGAUAAAGAUAGGGUUGUAAAUUUAAUCAUUAAAGAGGAAUAUAUUAAAAACUUAUUAGAAUUAUUCGAUGAACUAGAAAAAAAAGAUGACAAGCCCCAACUAUGUCAUAUGUUUAACAUAUUUAAAAAUUUAAAUGACCCUGAAAUUUCAGAUAAUAAUAGAAUUAAACAUAGAGAGUUUUUAAAUCAUAGUGUUGUAUUCAAACAAGUUGUUAAAUUUCCAUCAAAGAGUUUAGUUAAUAUUAUUCACCAAACCUUUAGAAUUCAAUACUUAAAGAUGUUAUUUCUCCAAAUUCAAAAAAGUGAAAAAAAUUCAGAAGAAAGAAAAGAUUUAAUUUUAUUCCUCCAAGAUUUAUGUAAUUUAGCUAAAGGUCUUCAAAUUCAAAGUAAAACAACAUUUUUCACAGUUUUAGCAUCAUAUGGUUUAUUUAAAACACUAUCAUCAACAUUGGACGAUGAAAUUGUACAAACUAGAAUCUCGAGUACAGAAAUUAUUUUAUCAACUUUACUUCACGAUCCAGAGAUUUUAAGAUCUCACUUGACUUCAUCCGCCAAUGGUGGCAAUAAUAGCAAAUUCCUCACUCAAUUAAUUAACUUAUUUAUAAAAGAUCAAGAUAUUGGUGUCAAAAAUCAGAUUGUUGAAAUUAUUAAAACCCUUUUAGAAGCUGACUCUUACGACUCAAGUGAGUUUUUUAGACUAUUUUACGAAAAAGGCAUCAAUUUAUUAGUAUCACCUUUGAAUGAAACAUAUAAAGGUGAGCCAACAAUCCCGGGUGACCCAAGUAGCAAUUUAGAUUCUUUUGUUCUUUAUAAUAUUAUAGAGUUAAUAGUUUAUUGUAUCAAACAUCAUUUUUUUAGAAUCAAGCAUUUUAUUGUUGAAGAAGAUAUUGCCAAAAAGAUAUUAAAGUUUUCAAAUAGCAACGAAAGAUAUUUAAUUUUGGGCUCUAUUAGAUUUUUUAGAAGUAUGGUAAAUAUGAAGGAUGAUCUCUAUAAUCAACACAUUAUUCAAGAAAAUCUCUUUGAACCAAUUAUCGAAAUCUUCAAAGCGAAUAUUUCAAAAUACAACCUUCUCAACUCUGCUAUUAUUGAAUUGUUCCAAUUUAUUUAUAAGGAAAAUAUUAGGGAUCUCAUUAUUUACUUGGUCGAAAAAUAUAAAGAUGUAUUCCAAACUGUAACAUAUACCGAUGUCUUAAAACAACUAAUAUUAAAAUAUGAACAAAUUAAAGAUUCAUUUGGAAGCCCAGAAAUAUCUUGUACAACUAGUAAUAAUAACAAUAACAAUAACAAUAACAAUAAUAAUAAUAAUAAUAAUAAUAGAGUUUUAAAUAAUAGUACCGGUGGAAUUUUAAAGAAUUUAAAUAGAUAUCAAAAAAGUCAAAGAGAAAUCGAUGAAGAAGAGGAAGAGGCUUAUUUCAACGACGAUGAUGAUGACGAGGAUGAAAACGAUAGUAUUACUGCCAAGGUUGUAGAAAAAGAUGAAAUUGUAAAUGAAGAAAAAGAAAAAAUAUUAAUAUUAAACAGUGAAGAGGAAAAAGAAAAACUGCAAGAAGAGGAAGAAGAGGAGGAAGAAGAGAAGGUACAAAUAAAAAAAGAAGAAAAAGCAAAAAUAAAGGAAAAAGAAAAGGAGGAAAAAGAAGAAAAAGUUGAAAACGAAAAUUGUAAAAAUAAAAUAAUAUAUAACGAAAAUUUAGAAAGCGAAAAAAUUGUAGAUAAUGGUAACAAUAAUAAUAAUAGCAAUAACAAUGAUAAUGAAAAUGAUAAAAUGGAACCAGAUGAAACUGUUGCCAGCUAUAGUAAUUUAGGAAGUAGUAACAAUAAAAAUAAUAAAAACUCAGAUGGAGAAAUUGAACAAAAGAAAAUACCAAAAAGAAAGUUGGAAAAUACAAAUGGUUUUGAUGAAAAUAAUGAAAAUAAUGGCGAAUCUUCAAUCAAAUUAUCAAAUCAUAGUACCGGAAAUAUUAAUAAUAAUAAUACAAAUGAAGAUAGUGACUCUGUUUCAAGUGCAUCAGAAGAGGAUGAGGAAGAUCAACCAUCUUUAGAAAAUGGUAAACACAAGAAAUUUAAGAGAAGUAAAAAGGACAGCAAAAAGGAUAGUAGCAACAAUAACAAGCCCACUCCAAGUGAGUUACAUGUUUAA